GCACUGUCAGAUGGGAGAGCGCCAACGGCCUUUGGACGAUGUCAGGAACGGGGGACCUUGAAGGAUCAGGAAGAGAAACAUCUGAGCCACCGUCAGACUCAUCACCGUCGGAGCCAGCGUUGUCAGGCGCCUGAAUAGCAUGGGAUCAGUCCAUCAUCGCCCGCAGCUUCACUUCACUUCAGUUCAGCUCAGCAUACUAGGGAGACCACGGGGAAUGUGAGAGUACUGACAUAUGACCCAAUCGCGACAAAGCCUUGUGCUGCAACAACUGUGGCUAGGGAUAAGAGUUCCUCGGCUGCUACUUCCAAUAACUAAGCUCGCGUAAAAGUAUUAGUUAGCGGGUCUUGGUUGAAUAGUGGAUCUUGGUUGAGAAACUCAUAGAUAGAGAUUGAUCUGUUUGCUCUCCGCUUAGUGGUUUCUUACUCGGUCUCCUCAUCUGAAUAGAUGGUCGCACGCUUCAACUAGAAUCCAAACCAUAGUAGAACGGGGGCUCAAAAGGAAACUUCAGAGCUGGAAUAUAUAAUCUCCAGUAGUACACUUAGCCCUUCGGCCUUAUUUCAACUUGAACAUGAAUUUGCAGCACAUUUUGGCGUUAUUAUAUUAACAUAAGCAUUGAACACUGACGGCUAGCCCAUACAUGCAAACACAAGAAAUCAAACCAAACAAAGACACUUAGCAUAGGAGUAGAUCGGAAUCAAACUAAGACAAAGAACACCUGACAUGAAAACAAAUGUCUCCAGACACUUAUUGAAUUUAAACCAACCUUAGAAAACUAAAAAGAGUCUACGGACUCUUCUAUUCUAGCGAGAUGCUAGACGAAUAAAGAGCACUUGCUGCUCCACCCGCAGCGCUUCCUGCCUCUCCUCCAAACCCUCUAUGCGCUCUCUGGUAGCGCGAAUGCGCGCUUCUUUCUUUGCAGGAUCCAUUGUUCUAACACUUCUCAACUGGUUGUUUAGCACUCUACGGUGCCCUUCAAUCUCAUUUUUCAGUUGCUCCGUUUCGGUAGCAAUUGCAGAAAGCCUGUUUGCGGUUGCAGCAUCCAUAGCAAUGCGUGCUAGUACUCAAUUUCUUUGUGAUGAAGUGAAGAUAUCUAUAUACCAUUUAUAGAGUGGUAGAGUAAUAUCGCCAUGCAGUACGAAUUGCAUGGCUGCAUGCAGCCUUUAUGAACAAACAAACUUUGCAGAGCCGUUUCACCUAAUCGAUUCCGUCGGCGGAUCAUCCACGUCACGAAUUGAAUGGCAGGCACAAUUCUUACUAGUUCUCCGCCCUACUUUUUUCAGUUGAAGACUAUCAGGCCUGGAAAUGGAAACUUUGGACCCGGGAGACGGUUUGAUGUCUCGUACAUAGCCAGCCCAGGGCGCUGCCCAUAAGGGUCACUGUAUGUAGGUUUUAAGCUCUAAGGUCCCCACUCAUCACAAUCGUUGGCCCUCAUCCCGCAUUGGAGCAUAGCGUUAGUAUCUUUCGGUGUAUCAACAACAUAGGCACCUGAUCUAUUUGAACUGUAAACCACAAGGGAAGUUUUCACAUAAGCUGCCUUUCUCCCGUUAAAAGGUGGGUACCUUUCCCUAAAUCCUUCUCCCGUGCAUGCUAUUCUCCUGUUCCCCCGAAGGGCGGUAUCAAUACGGCAACCCGAAAGCUCGUUAUCAAAGUGGUCUCUUCUCAAAAGCUUAUCUGCCAGAUGAAAACAAGUUCGUAGUAACAGGUGGCCGUUGAGCUCCUAGUUUGACUGUUGGUGCCAGACUAGAAUGGAAGAAUGCCCAUAAUACUGAAAUGAAGAAGAAUACCUCACUAAUAAGAAAUAGAGCAACACCCAUUGUGCUUCCUUUCUUUUACUAGAGAGAGUAGUCCAAGCCUCUAAAUAUCUUGAGGGCUUUGUGUUGGAUCUGAUGGUUGAGCCUUUGUUCUUUGCGAGCCUUGCCUUUCUCUUUUUUGCUCUGCUGUGGAGUUCUUUGAUGGUCUAUCUUCGCACCUGGCGCUUCUGGCGCUUUCUUCCUUCCACCUUCCUCUUGUACUCGACUCUUCCCCGAUCACUCCCCGACAAAGGCUUGCUCGUCUUCGUCAUAGUCCAAACUCUUUCUCGUGUGACUGUGGUGCUUUCUUGAGCGAUGACUUGGGAGGGUUCCGGUCACCCCUACCCGGGCAGACAACCUCCCUCAUUCACAUCAGAAAUGGCAAAGAUUCCAUUUUGGAAAGUAAAUCUCUUUUUGUAUAGAGGGACGUAAAAUAGCAAAAGUACGGUUCGGAGUCUUUUUUUUUUCUUGAUUAUUUGAAAUCCAAAUCGAAAUGCCUCAACUUGAUAAAUUGACUUAUUUCUCACAAUUCUUUUGGUUAUGUCUUCUCCUCUUUACUUUUUAUAUUCUCUUAUUUAAUAAUAAUAAUGGAAUACUUGGAAUUAGUAGAAUUCUCAAACUACGGAACCAACUGCUUUCGCGCCGGGGGGGCGAGAUCCGGAGCAAGGACCCUAAGAAUCUGGAAGAUAUCUCGAGAAAAGGUUUUAGCACCGGUCUCUCAUAUAUGUACUCCAGUUUAUCCGAAGUAUCCCAAUGGUGUAAGACCGUCGACUAUUUGGGAAAAAGGAGGAAAAUCACUCUGAUCUCUGAUUUUUCCGAAAUAAGUGGCUCACGAGGAAUGGAGAGACAGAUUCUCUAUUUGAUCUCGAAGUCCUCAUAUAACACUUCUUCCAGUCGGAUCACUUGUUGGAAAAACAUAAUGCUCACACAUGUUCCACACGGGGAAGGAAGCAUAAUAUUAUGAAAAUGAAUGGAAUCAUUGACUUACACCACGAUAUCUUUUGCUUCUUGUUAUGCUUUACUUUUUUUAGUAUUUUCUUUAUGGAAUCAUCCGGCCAGAAACGGGGAAGAGCCCAUGCUGUCGUAGAGGCCUCGUCGAGUGCUUCCGCUCCGCCAAACAAAGGAGAUGAUGAUCCACGAAAAAAAAAAGUGGGACGUCAAGACGCCAAUGGCAAAGAUGGGUUUCGGUCAGAGCCGCCCAAAAAUGGGGCGCAACCUGAAGUACCAUCCAUUUCUUUCUUAAGGAACAGAAUUAAAACAGUUCUAAGGUCCUGUCGAAAUAGGGUUCCUAAGGAGAGCACAUUACGCUCGACUUACGAGGAUCUUCACCUUGAAACGGCGAGCGCCGAGAAACGGGUCAAAAUCGCCCAGGUCCUCGAAGAUAUGUCCAGGCGAAGCCAAUAUUUUCGGAGUAACAAAAGGGAGCAGCCCCAUACCGACUUGAUUAUUCAAAUCUGCGAUUGGGAGCGGGAUCACCUACGAAAAAUAAAUUCACUGGUGUAGGUUUCUCAUAGGAAACCGAGGCCCCUACCUACCUUAUGGGUAGGUAGGGGGAAGGAAGAGUGGGAACGCGGGCUUUCUUCAGGUGCCAUUCUGUAUUUUGUAGAGUCCGGAAGAAUGGUGAAAAACGGGCUGUUUCGAAAGAAACUAUGAAAAAAGAAGAUUUCUCGUCCAAUCGGACAGGGCUCGCGAACCUAGUAUAGUGGGAUGAACUCCGCGCCUGCCUGAAAGAUAGAAUACUGACUUCCAGAUUGAUACGAUUGGUAUCGGAAUCCGGGUUAGGAGAAGGAAGCUCGGGUAUUGUUGGAAGCAAGCAGUUGCCAUCGGAAAGUUAGAUUUGGUAAACAGAAGUGUUUACUCGACAAUAAGCAAUAAGCAGAAGUGGGAAUAAGAUUGGUAGCGGGAAGUGAUAACUCUUUCUUUGCAGUCUUUCUACUCGGUAUCGAAACUCGGAUCUCUAGUCUGGAGAAUGGCCUGUCUUUCGUAUCACAGGUCUUGCGUUUCUGGUCAGGCUAAGGAAGUCGCGGAAAACGAGGCCUGAAGAGAAGUCCACGCGUGAUGACCAAUAUUCAUCAGAACCCUCCCUCGGUCAGCGUAGUGCCAGCAAGGAAUAAAUCAGAAGGGCAAGCAGGUUUCAAUCAUUUGUUUUUAGCAUCUCCACUAUAAAGAGUAGAGAGAAAGAAGCCUUUCGCAUCUGGAAAGAGGACACCCACUACAACUUAUUAUCUUAGGGGCUUGCUUCUUGUGAAGAACUAAGGCAGCUCAAAUGAAUGCUCGCCUACUCAUGUAGCUGUCUCUUCUUAUUUUAUUGCGUAAUAUGAAUUGUAAAUGCUGAAAAAUUAUCUCUCUAUAAAGUAAAAAAAAGAAGAGUUGUCAAUUCGGUAAACUCAUUAAAAAAAAAGAAAUGAACAGUCUCACUAUUCGAUGAACUAGGGUGGGCCAGGGAACUCGUAGCUUAUGCACGCGCACGAGGCAUGAAAAA